GGCCUCACCGGGAACCGCUCGCUGGUUCUGGUUUGGCGCAUUGUAAAAGAAGCUCUUGUAUGGUGCUGGGAAUACCGGUGUCCUGACUUGGGCUCGGUGCUGACAGGAAAGGGACGGUGCUCUAGGCUGAUUACUUAUGGAAGUCGGCCUUGCGGAUGCGGAGGGGUGUCGGCACCGUCACUUUGGUUCUGGGAGCGGCGGGGGCGUGGUGCUGUUGGUUGUGUUCCUAGCUUCGAAUUUAUGAGUGUGCGCCUGGAGCCCCUGUCCGGGGAUAAAAUCGGCACCAUUACUUUGGGAUAGGGAGCCUAGAGAGAGAGGCGGUUGUUACUAGUAGUGUUCCUCCGCCCUGGACGUGUGCGUGUGCGCUUGUGCGGCCGCGGGGUGGGCUCUCCUGCCCCCUGGUAAUGCUCCUAGCCCUUGGCCCCUCCCGUGCCGCAGUACUCAUCGUGUGACACACGGACAGCGUUACGCCAGCUGAGAAUCGUGCGGUUACAGCUGCUGCAGUUCCUUUGCAGACACUGGCUUCUCUGGACUUUGCACACCUCCAGGAAAGGAACUCAGAAAAUCCAUCAGUUCUGACAGUUCUAAAAAACCAUGCCCCACUUGUUGGUGACUUUCAGGGAUGUGGCCAUUGACUUCUCUCAGGAGGAAUGGGAAUGCCUGGACCCUGCUCAGAGGGACUUGUACAGGGAUGUGAUGUUGGAGAACUACAGCAACCUGAUUUCAUUGGACUUCGAAUCCAGUCGUGCAACCAAAGAGUUAUCUCCAGAAAAGGAAAUUUAUGAAAUGGAAUCACUCCAGUGGGAGAAUAUGGGGAAACUUAUCAACCAUCACCUUCAAUACAAUGGUCUUGGAGACAAUAUGGAGUGCAAAGGCAACUUAGAGGGUCAAGAAGCAAGUCAGGAAGGGCUUUACAUGUGUGUCAAAAUUACCUGUGAAGAAAGGGCCACUGAAAGCCAUUUAACCUCUUCUACUUUUCAUCGGAUAAUUCCCACCAAGGAAAAAUUGUACAAAUGUAAGGAAUGUAGACAAGGUUUCAGCUACCUGUCAUGCCUUAUUCAACAUAAGAAAAAUCAUAAUAUAGAAAAAUGCUCUGAAGUUAAGAAACACAGGAACACCUUUAGCAAAAAGCCAAACUAUAUGCAACAUCAGAGAAUUCAGACUGGUGAGAAACCUUAUGAGUGUAUGGAAUGUGGAAAGGCCUUUGGUCGCAGUUCUGAUCUCAUUCAACAUCAGAAAAUUCAUACUAAUGAAAAACCUUAUCAGUGUAACGCAUGUGGGAAAGCUUUUAUUCGUGGUUCACAGCUCACUGAACAUCAGAGAGUUCAUACAGGGGAGAAACCAUAUGAAUGUAAGAAAUGUGGAAAAGCCUUUAGUUAUUGUUCACAAUACACUCUUCAUCAGAGAAUUCAUAGUGGUGAGAAACCCUAUGAAUGUAAGGAUUGUGGGAAGGCCUUUAUUCUUGGCUCUCAGCUUACUUACCAUCAGAGAAUUCAUAGUGGGGAGAAACCUUAUGAGUGUAAGGAAUGUGGAAAGGCCUUUAUUCUUGGUUCACACCUUACAUAUCAUCAGAGAGUUCAUACUGGUGAAAAGCCUUACAUAUGUAAAGAAUGUGGGAAAGCCUUUUUAUGUGCCUCCCAACUGAAUGAACAUCAGAGAAUUCAUACAGGUGAGAAACCCUAUGAAUGUAAAGAAUGUGGGAAAGCCUUUUUUCGUGGCUCACAACUUACUUACCACCUGAGAGUUCAUUCAGGUGAGAGACCCUAUAAAUGCAAAGAAUGUGGGAAAGCCUUUAUUUCUAAUUCGAAUCUUACUCAACAUCAAAGAAUUCAUACCGGAGAGAAGCCCUACAAAUGUAAGGAAUGUGGAAAGGCCUUUAUUUGUGGCAAACAACUUAGUGAACAUCAGAGAAUUCAUACAGGUGAGAAGCCCUUUGAAUGUAAGGAAUGUGGAAAGGCCUUUAUUCGUGUUGCCUAUCUUACUCAACAUGAGAAAAUUCAUGGUGAGAAACAUUAUGAAUGUAAGGAAUGUGGGAAGACUUUUGUUCGUGCUACACAACUUACAUAUCAUCAAAGAAUUCAUACAGGUGAAAAGCCCUACAAAUGUAAGGAAUGUGAUAAGGCCUUUAUAUAUGGCUCACAACUUAGUGAACAUCAGAGAAUUCAUAGAGGUGAAAAACCUUAUGAAUGUAAACAAUGUGGGAAGGCUUUUAUUCGUGGCUCACACCUUACUGAACAUCUGAGAACUCAUACUGGAGAGAAACCCUAUGAAUGUAAGGAAUGUGGGAAGGGCUUUAGUCGUGGCUCAGAACUUACUCUGCAUCAAAGGAUCCACACUGGUGAGAAACCCCAUACAUGUGUCCAGUGUGGUAAAGAGUUUAGACGUCCUUCACAACUUACUCAACAUAUAAGGCUUCAUAAUUGAGAAAGCCUUGAAUGUGAUUAAAUAUAAGAAAAUCUUUAUCAUCUAUUUCAUAUCUAUACUGAAUGUGGGACAUCCUUUUGCUUCUGCUCAGAAUCUACUCGUUCUUAGAAGGCCUGUAUUAACAUGGAUGCAGAAUAAUUUCAGAAACCCCUUAUAAAUAAUUAACAUCUCUAUAAACCCUAGAAUAUAAUGCCGAAUUAUAUCCUUUAUUAAGCAUCAUCUCCAUUUCACCAUAUCCUAACUGAAAUCAGAUACAUUUAUUUGUGUGUUUUUUUCUAUUUGUGUAAUUGUAUUACAAUGACUAAAUUAUAAUUAAAUACAUACAAUUCCCUUUGGAUAG